AUUUAAAAGAAAUUUAAGAUGGAGAAAAAGAAACUGAAGCAUUUCCAGCCAGGAUUUAACAUCACUCAAAGAGUUAAGGAAGAUGAAAGAUUAAGAGAAUUUAAUGAAUAUUCUAAAAAAAUGCAAGCUAUUGGUCGCACAACAGAUUGGCAUGAAACUCAAGAUAAAUAUUCAGUCAUGAAGGCUAAUAAAGCUAAUGAAAAGAAAAUUGAAGCUGAACUAGAGCAAGCUAAUGAAGAUCUCAAGGUACUAAGAAACCAUAGACUUAAGGAACUCUAUGAAAAGGAAAUGCAGCAGUACCAAGACGAACUUGCAGAUAUGGGCCUCGCAAUUGCACAUGUUGGUAACGAUGAGUAAUACCCAGUACAUAUUUGA